GCCGCGUGAUCCUCGAAGACAUCUUUGAGGAGGUCUUCAGGCUGUCGCCCAGCACUUCUACGGGAAGGUGAUGUAGGUCCACGAGCAUUUAUUGAACCUUCUUUGCUAAGCGCCGGAGACAGAAAAAAAGGCAAAAGCACGGCUUGUCCUGGCCUUCCAGGGACAGCCGAUCCCCUGCGUAUCUAAGAGGUAUCCCACGGGAUUUACCCCCGUACUCCGCCCCUGGCCUCCUGGAGCUUGGGUGCCCCUCCUCCAACGGAAGUGACGUGCCCGGCUCCCGGCGGGCUGUUCGGUGGCGGGAACCUGGAGCUGCGGAGACCUAAGGGACCCAGGACCCGGAGCUGGCGGCGGGCUGCUGACAGGGACCCCGCUUCCGGCUGUGUAGCCCCUCACCAGGGAGCGCCGGAGGGCAGCUGCCGCCGCCCUCGUCCCGUGUGCGUCCAGCUGCACAUCUGGGGCCCCGCGCGUGAUCCACUCCUCUCGGGUGGUCGCCUCCGAUCGGAUCCGCUUCCCGUCCUUCCCCGGGCAGGGUGAAGCGGCCAUGCAGGCCUUCCUCAAAGGGCCGGCCUCCAUCAGCACCAAGCCACCGCCCACGAAGGAACGAGGAGCCGCGGCCCCCGCGGGCGGCAGCGCCGAGAGCCGAAGGGCCAAGCCUGUGCCGUGGGUGGAGAAAUACCGUCCCAAAUGUGUGGAUGAAGUUGCUUUUCAGGAAGAAGUAGUUGCAGUGUUGAAAAAAUCUUUAGAAGGAGCAGAUCUCCCCAACCUUUUGUUCUAUGGACCCCCUGGAACUGGAAAAACCUCCACCAUUCUGGCAGCUGCAAGGGAGCUCUAUGGACCGGAUCUUUUCCGACAAAGAGUUCUUGAAUUAAAUGCAUCAGAUGAACGUGGAAUACAAGUUAUUCGGGAGAAAGUAAAGACAUUUGCUCAACUAACUGUGUCAGGAAGUCGUUCAGAUGGGAAGCCAUGUCCUCCUUUUAAGAUUGUAAUUCUGGAUGAAGCUGACUCUAUGACCUCUGCAGCCCAAGCCGCUUUAAGACGUACAAUGGAGAAAGAGUCCAAAACAACUCGAUUCUGCCUCAUCUGCAAUUACGUUAGUCGGAUAAUUGAGCCCUUAACCUCUCGAUGUUCCAAAUUCCGCUUCAAGCCUUUGUCAGAUAAAAUUCAACAUCAGAGAUUACUAGACAUCUCUGAGAAGGAAAAUGUGAAAAUCAGUAAUGAGGGAAUAUCUUACCUUGUGAAAGUAUCAGAAGGAGACCUACGAAAAGCCAUUACAUUCCUUCAAAGUGCCACUCGAUUGACAGGUGGGCAAGAAGUCACAGAGAAGGUGAUCACAGAGAUUGCUGGGGUGGUACCUAUAGAAACAAUUAAUGGUAUAUUCUCCGCCUGUCAGAGUGGCUCUUUUGAAAAACUGGAAGCUGUUGUAAAGGAUUUAAUUGACGAGGGACAUGCAGCAACUCAGCUUAUAAACCAACUCCAUGAUGUGGUGGUGGAAAAAGAUGACCUCACUGAUAAGCAGAAAUCCAUCAUCACUGAGAAACUUGCAGAAGUAGACAAGUGCCUAGCUGAUGGUGCUGAUGAACAUUUACAAUUAAUCAGUCUCUGUGCUACAGUGAUGCAACAAUUAACUCACAACGUGAAUUGAAAAUUGUUUUGUUGGCAAUAAAAGUUGGCAUGUAUAAAUGUA